UAAAAACCAUUAUGAUCUGAUCAAAGCCUUACAAGAUCCAUCAAUCAAUUCUUUACUCUGAGCUUCGAUCAUAUUAUCAAAACGAGGAAACACUUUUAGUAAGAAAGAAAGCUUUGGGAUUCAUAAAAGUAUUAAUAAAAUGGAUGGUUCAGGUCCAAGAGAAGGAGGAGGAGCUAUGAAGCCUGUGAUUCUGAAAGUUGGUGUUGCUCUUGUGUUAUCAGCAACUGGUUUGUUCUUGGCCAGGUUCGUGUCUCGAAAAGAAGAAAAUGAGGUGACUUCUUCCGCAAGAAAUCAAGAGUCUACUUCAUCAUCUAGCAGAAGAAACGAUGGAGAACAAGAAGAGGAGACAGAGAUCCGAGGUGAUCACCAACAGCAGCAGGAGAUUCUAGGAUUAAGAUCCAGACUCGAGGAGCUUCAGAGGAAGGAAUACGAGAUGGAGCUACGUUUCGAACGUUAUUGUAACAUGAAGGAACAAGAAGUCAUGCUUAUGGAGCAUAAAAGCAUGUUGAGUCUUGAGAAAACUCAGUUAGACUUCCUUCGUAGAGAACUUUCAGGGAUGGAGGAAGAAUAUAAGAGGGGCCAAGAUUUGGUGAUUGUGUUUCUCAAACUGGUGGGAGAGAUCCAAGAGCUGAGAUCAGAGAACUGGUUUCUUGAGGGGCGAGCAAAGAAGCUUAGGAGAAGAGGAAAGCAAUUAUACCGUGUUCUAAAAGAGAAGAGCAUGAGGAGUACUAGCGUGGAGAAAGAGCUAUUGAAGUGUCUUGAUGAGUUAGAGAUGAAGAACAGCGUUGUGAAGGAGCUUGAAGGUGAAGUGAAAGAUCUGAAAGCUAGGGUUGAUGUGUUGCAAGAGGAGAAGGAAGAAGUGUCCCUGAAGUCAUCAGAGAUGGUAAAUGUAGAAGAUUAUAAAAAGGUGUUAGAAGAGUAUGAGGAUUUGAAGAAAGAUCAUGCUAACGGAGUCAGUGAAGUGAUUAACCUGAGAUGGAGCAAUGCUUGUUUGAGACACAAGGUGAUGAGAAAUGAAACCAAUUAUGAGGAAGUAACAUUUUCUCCAAAUAGAAACUUGCAAGAGUACUUGGAAAUGGAGGAACAAGCGGAUGCUCUUGCAUUGACAGUAGUAGCUGAUCAUGAGCAUCAUGAAGAGACUAACCAUAAUGAUGAUCAUCAUCAUGAAACUUCAAGGAGGAAGAGGCUGAUGAAGAAGCUAAAGAGAUGGGUUGAAGGAAACGAGAAGGGAAGAUCAACAAAGUUAGAGGAAAGAUGUUUCGGAAGACACUCUUUAACCGUGGAACCUGAGGAUGAACAGAUGUUUCACUCAAGAAGAUCUUGUUCUAGCGUGUAAAUGAAACAGUCUUGUUUCACAAUAAAAGCUUUCAAUGUCAUGAAGACUACACUUUAGGCCUUACCAAAAUAUAACCUGUUUGUAAAGAAAAAACAAAAUUGGUUUAUUAUUAUUACCA